UCGCAGGCUCGCAAGCUCGCAACAGCUUACUUCUCUCUUUAUUUCUUUCUCUCUCUAGCGGCACAUACACACGACCCUGUGAUCUUCGGUGAUGCAAGGAAUGAGAAUUUUGUCGGAGGGGGGAGUACGAGUGGAAAUUGCGGCACCGGUGGGGGAGGGGACUGUCACGGGGAGAACAGGGGCGGCGCCGCUGACGAUAGACGUAGGGGAGACGCCGGAGAGGAUGAUAGAGAGGUUGAUAACUGAGAAUCCAGUGAUUAUAUUUAGCAGAAAGUCCUGUUGCAUGUGCCACGUCAUGAAGAAGCUUCUUUCCAAGAUCGAUGUUCAUCCCGUAGUGAUAGAAUUGGAGGAAUCUGAGUUGGGAGCACUCGCUGCCCACGAUGUUCAAGAUCAAGAUCAACAUCAGGGUCAGGGUCAGAAUGAGGGAGGAAUUACAGUUGUAGGCCCUGCACCGGCACCACCGGCAGUGUUCAUAGGAGGGAAGAGGGUUGGAGGGUUAGAGAGUCUGAUGGCACUCCAUCUCAGUGGAGAACUGGUGCCCAUGCUCAGGGAUGUUGGUGCCCUCUGGAUGUGAUACUUUUGUGUAGUUAUGCUUUCUCUCUCUAGCUAUGUUCCUCUCUCCUACAGAAUUCUCUCUCUCUCUCAGCAGAUUUGUAGGUAGAAAAAAUAUUAUAUAUUUCUAUACAUAUUAAUUAAUGUAGUUGUUCUUUAGUUUGGGGUCGUCUCAAUUCUCAAAUUCUGUGGGAAGUGGGAACAAAUCAUAGUGAUCAGUUCUUAUAAUCUUUGUUC